CGGCGCCACCGCCCACGCUCGCUCCUGUCGUCGGACUCGGGCCGGCGCGGCGCGCGAGCAGCAUGAGCGCGCGCUCGGGCCGGUGACCGCCGUGGCGAUGGACCGCGGCUUCGUCGCGGGCGGGAGGCCGAAGAGUCCGCCGGGCCGCCGGCGGCUUCUGCUCUUCCUGCCGUCAGGCAGCUGCGGAAGUCCGGGCGGCCGCGGCGUCUCGGCGCGCCACUGCCUGUCAGCGCUGUCCGUGGGUCUGGGGGCGCUGCGGUCUCGUGGUCCGGCGGCCCGCGGCGGCGCGUCACGUGCCUCCCCGCUGCUCCUCCUCCUGCUCGUGCCCUCCCCGCGCCUGGCCGCCGUCGCCCCGCGCCGGCCCCUCGCGGACCCGGAGCGCUCGCGCCCGAGGCCCUCCGUCCCCGCGGCCGGCCGUGGCGGCGCGGGGAGGUACCUGCGGGGCCUGGCCCCAGGCAUCGCCUGGGCCGCCGGCGCCCUCCACCUGGGCCGCGGCCGAGGGGCCGCCCUCACUUCGUCCAGGAGAGAGCUGAGCCUCUCUGCUGGGAGCCUGCAGCUGGAGCGCAGGAGAGAUCUGGAGCACAAAAGGAGAGAUUUCACCUCUUGUGGGAACAAGAAGCUCUACUUUGACACCCAUGCCUUAGUGUGUUUACUGGAAGAAAAUGGGUUCUCCACCCAGCAAGCAGAAAUCACUGUCUCUGCAUUGGUCAAGAUCACGGACGCCAACAUGGAUAUUGUCUACAAGGAUAUGGUCACCAAGAUGCAGCAGGAGAUCACCGUACAGCAAAUAAUGUCUCAGAUUGCCAACGUGAAAAAAGAUAUGAUUAUUUUGGAGAAGAGCGAAUUUUCAGCCCUCAGAGCAGAAAAUGAGAAGAUAAACGUGGAACUACAUCGGUUAAAACAACAAAUAAUGGAUGAAGUGGUCAAAGUCCGAACAGAUACCAAGUUAGACUUCAAUCUAGAAAAGAGCAGAGUGAAGGAAUUGUACUCGUUGAAUGAAAGGAAGCUGCUGGAAAUGAGGACAGAAAUGGUGGCAUUGCAUGCCCAGCAAGACCGUGCUGUCACCCAGACAGACAGGAAGAUAGACACUGAGGUCGCGGGCCUCAAAACCAUGCUGGAGUCGCACAAGCUCGAUAACAUUAAGUAUUUAGCAGCACAAAGCUUCUGAACUCCAGAUGAGCCUGAAAAUCAAGUUCUUUGGCAUUAGUGGUAUCAGUUUCAAAGUGAAUAAUGAUUUGUCAUCAACUUGAUCCAGAAUUAUCGGGGCGCCUGGGUGGCUCAGUCUGUUGAGCCUCUGCCUUUGGCUCAGGUCAUGAUUCCAGGGUCCUGGGAUCGAGCCCCACAUCAGGCCCCCUGCUCAGUGGGGAGACUGCUUCUCCCUCUCCUGUUUCCUCUGCUUGUGCUCUCUCUCUCUCUCUCUCUCUGUCAAAUAAAUAAAAUAAAAUCUUAAAAAAAAAACCCAAAUUAUCUCAACUGCUUCAUAAAAUACUGUAGCCAUUUGUGCUUCCCCUUUCAGAGAAGGAUCCCCAGAAAAUACUGCACAUUGAGCAGUCGCCUUAAGUAUUACAGAUUUAAGCAAAUGACAUCCCAUUAAGACCACAUUUGCAACUACUUAAUACAGAUAGAACUAUGGUUAGUAAGAGCUUGGAGAAGGCCUGGAACACAGACAUGCCUCCAAAAUUAAAAGAAUCCCCAGGAGGAAAAAGCACUGUAUGCAGUUAUGUUUCAAAGCAAACACUAACUUGUACAGGUUAAAAACAAGCAAAGUGACCUUACUUCCUGAUAAAAUAUUUUUUAAAUAACAUUCAGUGGGGUGGCACUCUGAUCUGCCAGAAGUAUAAAUGGCAUUCCUACUGGUUUAUAGCGGGCUGCAGCAGUCACUUAAUUUGGGCCUUGGAUUUUGGUGUGUAGUCUUUUGCAUUAUAGAACAGACUCCCCGUACCCGCAACCUCGGGAACAAUGAACUCGCCUUUUGGUGGCUUGGGUUGCAUGCAUAUAUGGAGGUUAGGAAGGUUUGGGACUGUGUUCCCUUUGUUUGGUCAAAUGCAUUUUAUUUGAAAAGCAUAUGAGCCAGAAAUACAAGCAUACCCUUCCCCCUGCUGGCUGGCCCCAACUUCUGUGACCAGCAGAAGCACGCUGGGACUGGACACGGGGACAGCUUCCUGACUAGCCUGGUUCCGAGGGAUUCUGAUCGCUUAGGAACUUAGGCCGUAGCCUAAUUUCAGAAGGGGGAAGAUUCCUGGCACAACUCCCAGCUAACCCAUGUGGUAGCCCCUGGGAAAUUAACCAGAGCCGGAUACUGCAAAUGGACUCCUCUAGGCACAGGUGCCUUUGCUACAAAUGCCCAAAGCAGGACAUCAAAUGGACAGAAUCUGGAUUUCCUUUCCAUUCUUGGGGGGGGGGGGGGUGCCUCUGCAUUCCUACACUCCUCUCCCCUUCCCUUUGCUUGUUUAAAGAGCCUCAACUCCAAUUCUCCCUCGUUUCCUGUUCCAUUAAUAAGCAAAACCUGUCUGUACGGUGUUUUACAGGAAACAGGAUUUUGAUUUCUGGCUUGUUCUUAUUCCUUCAGCUGCUUUUCUAGCUUAAUAUCUAACAAAAUGAAAUCUGAGUGUAUUCAUUUUUUCCCUUAAGUAUGCCAAGUACCUCAGUUGAGAAGUCAAGUUCAAGAAGAAAGGCUUGGCUCAAACCAGACAUCUUGCUGGAAUUUGUCUCAGAACGCUCUAAAAAUAAAAAACCCGAGCUGCAGAGAACGUGUCCCUGCCUGGGUUAUGCCCGGCUCAGCUUUUUCCUCUCUAGCUGUGCUGUGAGUGUUGUGAGCUUCCCUCCCGUUCCCGGCCUCCAGCCGCCUCCAUCACUGCCUCUGCCUGUUACUUAACCGAGUCAGCAUGGGCGAGCGCUCCUCCCCCCCACCCCUGUGAUGCUCUGUCGAUAUGGUUGGCAUCGUUUCUGAACAAAUAUCGCAUAACUCAUGUCCGGAAAACUUUGGCUUAACCAUAUGUUUAUCAAAUUUGUGGCUUUGCGGACACUAAAGCAAAAACAUGUUAAACAGAAACCAUUUAUUCUUGUUGUACUCUUUAUGUUUGAGAAUGUUUAGCCCUUCACUGGAAUUUUGUUUUGAAAAUACCUGUCUUCCUACAGAUUUACACUCAUGUUCUUCUGAUUAUAACCUAAGUCAAUUUAUUAACUGUUUUAUCACUUAAGAGAAUAGUCAAUUACAUUUUGUUAUAUAAUAGAGUGGGUAUAAUAUUUUUAUUAUUGAAAAUAAAAUAGUUCUUUCUGUGUGACUACUAUACCUUUCAUUCGAAUUAUUCAGUGAAUUGGCAAAUUGAGAAGAACUGCCUGCACUGUAUUUUACUGUUACUCCCUCCAUUGUAUAUGACAACACUGGUGUAUUAUAAGAAAACCUAAUACCCUAUUUGUAUAGACGAUAACUUUGAAAGUGCUUACUUGAAUUACAAAAUAAAUUUUUUGUUCAAAAGAA